CCUUGAACCAUUUUUCUUCUGUUCCGACUUUUACCGUCUAGGCAGUGCAGUCAAUGCUGCGAUCCGUGUCGCAACCGAUUGCCGUGUUUGGAAUAUCUGAGCGGUUGUGCAGUUCGGGGGAACGUUGUUUCCUGCCCAUUCUGAAGGGCAUGAAACUUAAUUCUGUUUCAUUCUCGGCAGAUACUGCCAGACAUUCUGAGCGUCUUUGUGUUUAUUUCAAAUGUUCAGCAUCGGCAGUAUUUUGCUUUUCCUUGAAUUGCUAAAGUGGAGACUAUGUGAAAUGACGUUUUCCCGCAAGAAAACAACCUAACAGAGUUCAAUAUGUUGGAAGUAAGGAAAACUUUAAUUCCAUGUCAACAAAAUCUCUUCAUCUGAAAUGAAAUGUCAAAAAAACUUCGAUUGGGAACAAUCAAUCGCGUUGCUUUAAAACAUUGACAGCUGACUAGGGUCCUACAGAUUACAAAGAUGUUUUCAGAGAUCUCGGAUGCCUUUUGAACCAUUUUGAAUUAACGGAGAGUCAAAGUCUAACUGAAUAUCAGGAAAGGCAAAAAAAAUCAGGUACGAGACCGAAAACUGGAACUGACUGCGAAGACCGGAAGGUGCUUCCAGCGGCGAGCUCGGGGACGUGGCCCUUUCAGCGUCGAUGGGAUUUGGCACUCUGGUGCUGCUUUACGCCCAGCGCCCGUGAUUGGCGGAUUUUUAUCAAUUGUUUGUCGUUUCCUGGUUACGGGGAGUGUCGUUGAAGUAGUGUGACAUUGUAGGCAAAAGACGAAUCCAAGAUACUAUGGAAUGAAGGCAAGAUUCAAAAAGCAGAAUCAACUGAAAAAUCAAUCAAUGGAAGGCUCAAGCAAGGUAUAUCAAUGGAAUUAGGAAUGGAGAGAAUGGAGGAGCCAUGAAAAAGAAACAAAGCCUGAGAGUUCUCGAAAGCAGACCUUAGGUAGAACUUAUGUUGGAAAAAAUGCAAGAUCCAGAACAACAGAAUCUCGAUACUUGGGAACAUUAAAAAUGUUGGACACAAAGUCUUCAGGAAAUGCAACAUCUAAAUAUGAAACUGCAGACACACUCAGAGCAUCCAUAUAUCAGGUAUGGCUAGAAAAGAAAAAACAAGUCAUUCGUGAACAACAGAGAAAACAAAAGCUAAAAGAACAGCAGGAAAAUGAAAGGAGAGAACAGGAGAAUAUGGAAAGCAAAAAAGAAGCAAAGGCUUCAUUUGAGGCCUGGAAGGCAAAGAAGAAAGAUGUGCUUAAAGAAUCUUCCGGCAAGAAGAAAGAGGAGGAAAAGAAAAAGCAACAAGCAGAAGCAGAGAACGAGCAACGGAAGGAAGUAGCAAAGAAGGCAGCAUUUGAAAAAUGGAAAGAAGAGAAAGAUAUGUAUCAGAUGGGAAAGAUUAAGAAACAAAAAGAAAUUGAAAAAGAGAAGAAGAGAAAAGAAAAGGAAGAAGUAACUGAAAAGAAGAAGGACAAUUUUGCAGCAUUAAAUAAAUGGAAUUCAAAUAAAAAAGUAGCAUUGAAGCAAAAGAUGAAGGAAAAUGCUAAGGAAGAAGAGAAGAAGAAAACUGAAGAAGAGUAUACAAAAUACGAGAGAGAAGAGAUGGCAUCAACAAUGUAUGAGAAGUGGCUGGAUAUCAUGUUGUCAACCCUGGAAGCCUUUAAUUCGGUGGAACAAAAGGAAAAGCAGCAAAAGCAUGAUAAGAAGCAAAGGAAAAUCAGAAGAAUUUUGCUACAUAGUGAGUCACCACCUCCCUGGAGCCCCCCUAAUAAAACAAUACCAUUUGGAAAGUGAACAUUACACAGCGGCAUCAAGGCCCACGAGAUGCAACAACUCCAAGAUACCCAAAUCCCUCUGGAACCUUCCUCUCCUCCCCUUCCCUCUGACUCCAUCCCCACCCACAGACUCUGCCCAGCCCCAGCCUCCUGUCAA